UAUCAUUCCGAGUUGAAUAUCUGAAAAACACAUAUGAGUUUAAAGUUGGAAAUAUAAAAAAAUCAAUGAGAGUAGACCUUCUAUGCUAUCGUACAAUUGUUACAAUAAUUUUGAAAACAGAAAUUGAGUUGUGAGAUAAAAUUGUUUCACGUUGAAUAAAACUAUAUUUCCGAAGAAAUGUUUAAAGUAAAGAACUCUUUAGAAAAACAAUCAACUUAUGAACUAUUUUCAGUUUUCUAUUUUUGGCUACGAUUUUAAUAUGUUUCUGCGCGGGAGGCUGAUGGGCGUACAGAUCUCGAGUGGGUAAUAUUUGAAAAACUACUUCGUGGGGAAUAUAAACAAACCAGUUUUUUGCUCCAACAUAUAAUUGCAAAUAGAAUAUGUACCUAAUUCCAGUUAUCACGUGCAAGCGAAUUCACGCACGCGUUGCAUUUUGACGUAAUGAAUAAAGAUCAAAUAAGUGGCAAGAACUGUCUAGUUUUAUGUGAAAUAAAAGUUAAUCAUACAAUAAAUUCAGUGUUUAAUAUUUUAUACUUAUGAUAUGUCAGUGAAAAAUGAUUUGUGGAUUCAUCGGUUGCGCAUUCUGUAUUCGUGGGAUAAUUUUCUGUGAACAUAAUUGAAAGGGUGUAACAGUGAAAAUGGUUGUGAAGUCCCCACUGAAACGGACCGUUCGCAUAUUAUUAGUAGGUGAUGCUGGUGUGGGUAAAACUUCCUUGAUUUUGUCACUCGUUAGCGAAGAAUUUCCUGAAAAUGUACCCUCAAAAGCUGAAGAGAUUACAAUACCAGCAGAUGUUACUCCUGAACAAGUCCCCACGAAUAUCGUCGAUUUUUCCUCUUCUGAGCAGACUGAAGCAGACCUAAACGACCAGAUUAAGAGAGCUAGUGUUGUGUGUAUAGUUUACGCUGUUGAUGAUGAUGAUUCUAUUGACAGAAUCACAUCGUAUUGGAUGCCUUUGAUAAAACAGAACCACCCUGACAUUCCUUGUCCCGUGGUCUUAGUUGGAAAUAAGAUUGAUCUUGUUGAAUAUUCAACAAUUGAUCCUGAAAGUUCCAUCCGGUUCCACCACAGAGUUGUCCUACAAAGGUCAGAUGUUUCUCACACAUUUGUUCGAAAGGUAUGACAAAGAUCGCGACAAAGCUCUGUCACCUCCCGAGUUCGAGGAUCUAUUCUCCAUGUGCCCAACGCCUGCCUGGAGUCCAGACGUCGGCUCCAUGGUCUCUACCAACGAAAAGGGUUGGAUCACCUUUGAAGGGUACAUGUGCCAAUGGGCGUUGAUGACUCUAGUCGAUUUGCCGAGGACUCUGGAAUAUCUCGCUUAUUUAGGGUAUAAUAUUUAUGAGAACGAGAGCCAGACGACUGCAAUUCAAGUAACCAGAGAAAAAAAAUUAGAUUUGGCCAAAAAACAGUCCAGCAGAAACGUAUACCAGUGUCAUGUCAUAGGACCAACUGGAUCUGGCAAGUCUACUCUCUGUCGAACUUUUGUCAAAUCGAAUUUAGAUCCGAAAAAUGCUUUUGUUGAGAAGACAGGAACUCCAAAUUGUACAGUUAAUGUAGUUCAAGUUUACGGACAAGAAAAAAUAAUGAUACUUAGGGAUAUCAACGUGAGGAGCGUGUCUGAUCCCUUGUUACCUCAUGAAGUGCAAUGUGAUGUCGCAUGUUUAGUGUAUGACAUAAGCAAUGAAAAAUCUUUUGAGUACAUAGCUCGGAUAUAUAUC